AUGCCGGAGUUCGUGGGGCGCUUCCCGGUGCUGGUGCCGUUCCACAGCCUCAACCAGGACCUGCUCGUGCGGAUACUCACGGAGCCCAAGAACGCUAUGGUGGCGCAGUACAAGCUGCUGUUCGCGAUGGACAAGUGCGAGCUGUCGUUCAGCGCGGACGCCCUGCGAGCCGUGGCCGCGCUCGCUAUGGAGCGCAAGACCGGCGCGCGCGGCCUGCGCGCUAUCAUGGAGAACCUGCUACUAGAAGUGAUGUUCGAGAUCCCCGGCUCCGACAUCACGUCAGUCCACAUCCACGAGGGCUGCGUCCACCGCAACGAGGCGCCGCGCGUGCAGCGACGACACGACGAGCGCGAGCGAUGCGACGCCAUGGACGACUGGCCCUCGGUGCGCCUGCACAACUGUACGUAGCGUGGGCGGCCCGUAGCACUGUAGCGUACUGUAGCCGCGCGUACUGC